AUGGCACUCAGAACGUUGUGCUUGGCGCCCAUUUCUCCCGCAAUCGCCCCCCUUGCACGUUCGACUCUUCCGCUCAUCGAUCGCAUCCCUAGUGUCCCCCAUUUCAGCCCCGGCGGCCUGCGCGUUGCCUGCCAUUCGGUCGACGAAACCAGCCAGAGCGACGAUUGCGGAGAGGGCAGGGCGCGAGCUGCCGCGCAUCUAGAUGGCUCGCAGACGUUUUCCGCGCGCAGCACGCCCGCGAUUUCCCCCCGUGAAGGUACCCGCGGAUUGAUGGGGGAUUACCUUUCCGCCUCCCGCUCCGCCGAAAGCGCGCGGGAGGGAAGCGUUCCCGCAAACGGCGCCGCAACAGGCGGCGACACGAUCGCGGCUGUCGUCACUGCCGUGUCGUCCACGUCAGGCGGCGUCGCGAUCGUGCGGCUCUCCGGCCCGGCUGCUGUGAGCAUCGUGCGGCGCAUGUUCCGCCCCGCGCGGAAAGCAAACAGAGCGCGGAAGCAGGGGGGAAUGGCCAGGGGAAGCGGAGACCUUGACGGAUGGGCGGGGAGCGCGGGGAACGGAGCGUGGGGAACAGAUACUGGGGAUUUCCGGGGAGAGGCGAAUGAGAGGAACGAGGGGAGCAGCCAGGAAGGGGAGGGGAGAGGCGGAGAGGCGAUGGGGGGAAGGGGGGGGAGCGGGGAGGGCGGAGCGGCGGGGGAGUGGCGCGCGGAGAGCCACCGAGUGAGCUACGGGCACAUUGUGGACGAACGGGGGGCGACCAUUGAUGAGGUGCUCGUGCUGCCCAUGCUCGCCCCGCGCUCGUACACGAGUGAGGACGUGGUGGAGGUGCACUGCCACGGUGGCAGGGUGUGCGCCCACUCCUGCCUCGCCACUGCCGUCCACCUUGGCGCCAGGCUGGCAGGAGCAGGCGAGUUCACGCUACGAGCAUUCCUGAACGGGCGCGUGGAUCUGGCGCAGGCGGAGGCGGUGGCGGCGCUCAUCCGCGCCGACACUGCUGCUGCUGCGCGCUCCGCCCUCGCUGCUGUUGAGGGCGGCUUAUCUCGUCACAUCCGGGGCGUGCGGGCGGCGUGCAUGGAGGUGCUGGUGGACAUCGAGGCACGCAUUGACUUUGAGGAGGAUCUCCCACCGUUGGAUGCCAAGGACGUCAGCCGUCGAAUCGACGCCAUCUGGCAGCAGAUCAACGAGGCCCUUGCGACUGCCAAUCGCGGGCGACUGCUGGAGUAUGGCAUCCAGGUGGCAAUCGUGGGGCGGCCUAACGUGGGCAAGUCAAGCCUGCUGAACGCGUGGACGCAGUCAGAGCGGGCCAUCGUGACGGACAUCCCCGGCACCACGAGGGACGUGGUGGAGGCGCAGCUGCACCUGCCACUGUCGGCGGGGGGCUUCCCUGUGCGCCUGGCUGACACGGCUGGCAUCCGCCACACCACCGACGCCGUCGAGGCCAUUGGUGUGCAGCGGUCGGAGGCGACAGCAGCGGCAGCAGACGUGGUGCUGCUGGUGGUGAGUGCAGCGGAGGGGUGGACAGCAGAGGACUCCGCCAUCUUCCACCGCAUCUCCGCUGUGCAGCGCGCCGUGUGGCGGCGAGUGGCCACCAUCGCCACCCUGCGCACCGGGCUGGAUGAGCUUGAAGCCGCCGUGGCGGCAGCGGUGGGCGGGGGGCUGGUGGCAGAGGAGGGGCAGCAGUGGGCGGUGAACCAGCGGCAGCAGCAGCAGCUGGUGCGUGCAGCUGAAGCCGUGGGGCGGGUGAGGGAGAGCAUUGGAGCCGGGCUGGCGCUGGACUUCUGGUCCAUUGAUCUGCGCAGUUGCAUCCUGGCGCUGGGGCAGGUGAGCGGCGACGAGGAUGUCACGGAGGAGGUGCUUUCGAAUAUCUUCAGCAAGUUCUGCAUUGGCAAAUAG